UUUUUGAGAUGGAGUCUUGUUCUGUGGCCCAGGCUGGAGUGCAAUGGCGUAAUCUCAGCUCGCCACAACCUCCACCUCCUGAGUUCAAGCGAUUCUCCUGCCUCAGCCUCCUAAGUAGCUGGGAUUACAGGCAUGCGCCACCGUGCCCAGCUAAUUUUUGUAUUUUUAGUAGAGAUGGGGUUUCACCAUGUUGGUCAGGCUGGUUUUGAACUCCUGACCUCGUGAUCUGCUGGUCUUGGCCUCCCAAAGUGUUGGUGUGUCCAGAAUUAGUUCCUUCCGGUGAGUUCUUGGUCUCACUGACUUCAGGAGUGAAGCCGCAGACCUUCACAAGCUGGACAGGUUGGAUUAUUUGAAAAUAGCCUGGGUUGUGAGAGGAAAACGAGAAGGCCAGAGGAAUUUGGAGCUGCCAGCAUCUUGGAGGGCCCAGAUACAAUCAGCAGAGGAAGAAAACCACAGGAUGAAACAGUCCCAACGACCAGCACCAGUCAAGACCCAAGACAGCAAACAGGGCCAGCUAGCAGAGAAACAUGAUUGUCCACCGUCCAUCUCUGGGACAACCUAGAUGCCUGGGCAGAUUUCUAAAGUGGAGCGAGAGAAAUCUUCUCUUCUUCACCUGCUUCAGGAAGGCAUCAAAGUGCCAGAAAGGAUUCUCAGACGGCUGAGGGAAAACGCCCCGGACCCUCCGCAGUGCCACGCGGAAGUCCUCGGAAAGGGUGUGAAAAAGUAUCGAAUUUGGGGGAUGCCUCCUCCACGUCCAGCGCCUGACAGGGCCCAGCUCCUGGCCCCAGGUGCCCAGGAGGCACCGAUCCCCGCAGCCGGCCUCCUUCCGCGCGGGCUCCACUCCCAUUUCAGCCUCGCCCCCACACCCCAUAGUCUUUCAUCCGUGAGUCCUGCGGUCAGGACGGGUUGGAGGUCUGCAAACAGGACCCUCUCUGGGAAGCUGAGACAGCGGCUGCGCUCGGGGUUUAGGGGCGCAAAUCAGGCUAGAACCACCCCCCUUCUCUCUGCGUCCCGGUCCCAGCGGCCCCUCCUCUGUGCCCAGGAUGCUCGGGCGGCGGCUGCAGUGGGACCUCCGCCCUCUCUGCCAACCAGAGCGGAGGAACCUUUCCGCCUCCCUCCGCGCGGCGCACUUAGCGCUCUUUGCCUAGAACGACUUCCCUCCCGCUGCCUGGGGCAGCCUCACCCUGGGCGCCCGCACCCCAGCCCUGGGAGAGCGCUGCUCCGCCUCCCGCACCACCGAAAACCUCCUCCUCCUUUUCGGGCCGCGCCCCCUUUAUACGCGGACGCGCCCUCUUUUGGUCGCCCCCUCCCCAACCCAGCGCUGAGGAACUCGCUGCUCUGGUCUCCGCCACCACCCAGCGCCUCCUGGGCCCAUCCCCCCAAACCCUUGAACGUCCUCAGGACCCCCAGGUGAGCGCGGCGCGCUGCGGGCGGGGACCCUCUCUGCACCUCCCCGCACCCCUGGGGGUCGCUCUGUCCCUAGGGUCCCCGCCUCCCUUUUCUCCUUUCUAAGCGCCUCGCGCCCAUGCCGCCGCCCGGGGUGGCGCAGCCCGCAGUCCUCCCGCUCUGGGCGCCCUCCGCCGUCCGAGACCCCUCCUGGGGGCGCGUCCUCUCCCGCUCCCCUGUUCCCUCCCCGGGCUCAGGGCGGGCGCGUGGUCCCAGGGGAGGCUCCCGCCCAGCCCCGCACUCCUUUGUGCGGCCGGGCGGGCGCUGCGUCAAGGCGGAGGCGCGGCCACCCGCGCGCACCCAGCCCCCGGGAGCGGCAGGAAGGGAGGCGGCGGCGCGAGGAGGGAGCGGCCGUGGAGCCCAAUCGCUCGCUCCCCUUCCCAGGUCUGCGCGCGGCGCCGCCUCCGCCAUUGCUGCGAGCAGGAGCAGGCGAGGCGGAGCUCGGUGCGCGGAGCUCGGAGCGCUGAGCUGACCUGCCGGAGCCGGGCGUGGGCUGCAGCCUCGGAGCUCCCGGAACGAUGGUGAAGUUGGGGAACAAUUUCGCAGAGAAGGGCACCAAGCAGCCGCUGCUGGAGGAUGGCUUCGACACCAUUCCCCUGAUGACGCCCCUCGAUGUCAAUCAGCUGCAGUUCCCGCCCCCGGAUAAGGUGGUCGUGAAAACUAAGACCGAGUAUGAACCUGACCGCAAGAAAGGGAAAGCACGUCCUCCCCAAAUUGCUGAGUUCACCGUCAGCAUCACGGAGGGUGUCACCGAGAGGUUUAAGGUCUCCGUGCUGGUCCUCUUCGCCCUGGCCUUCCUCACCUGCGUCGUCUUCCUGGUCGUCUACAAGGUGUACAAGUAUGACCGCGCCUGCCCCGAUGGGUUCGUCCUCAAGAACACCCAGUGCAUCCCAGAAGGCUUGGAGAGCUACUACGCGGAGCAAGACUCCAGUGCCCGGGAGAAAUUUUACACAGUCAUAAACCACUACAACCUGGCCAAGCAGAGCAUCACGCGCUCCGUAUCGCCCUGGAUGUCAGUUCUGUCGGAAGAGAAGCUGUCCGAGCAGGAGACUGAAGCGGCUGAGAAGUCAGCUUAGCGGGAUUGGCAAGUUCCUUACAAUGUGUCACUUGCAAAUAACAAAGGGACUUUGAGGGACAUUUCAUUACAUAUAAUUACUGAUACUUUAGAGGUUACUCAUUUACGGUGCAAUUGCUUCUGUUUGCUAAUGCUGCUUUGCAAAUAAAACUUGCUGCCGACCACCCAUGGGCAUAAAAUCAAGUGCAUUUCAGCAUUGCCUAAAGAGCUCUGACACCACUUUUCAUGUUAAGAUCUUCAUUUAGCUCCUUUACUGGGAUUUAUUGGAUGCUGUCAAAAAAUAAAUUUACACUGGAUAUGCCAAGGGUUUGGAUCUCAGAUAAAUGCAUUUUAUGGAAUUGAUUUUCUGAACCCACCCUGUCUGCAAACCUUCCUCCACAGCCAUAUCUAGAGUGAUCUCUCGCUGUGCUAAGAGCAAGCCUACUUCGCAUUUCUUCCUUGGCCAUCAGCGGGUAACAGUGCUGACUGCUGCCAAGGUGCGCUGUAGUGAGUGGCAUAGAGAAUGAGGGGAAAGACCCACCUGCCCCUCCCUGUGCUGACUCCUGAGUCGGGGUGGGACGGCCCUGCAAUGUGGCAGGCUCGGUGUGGAUUGACUACUCUCUCCCCUCUGACUCUGGCAUUUUGAUAAGGAGGGAGGGGCACCACCCAUCUGGGUGGAGACAGCUGGGGUUCGCUCCAGUGUGUGUAGACUGGCAGAGCGUGUGAGGGAGGGGGCUGGGAAGAGACGGGCCGUGAGGUGCAGAACUCUCCCUGCAGGUAGUCUGUCUGCUCUGUGAUGUGCUGAUAGGAAAGAGCCCCCACUGGCCCUCUGGUUCACUUCUAUUAUGAAUAAAUUUGCACCAAUAGCCCCGUUAGUUUUUAGAGAAAUGAGCUGGGUGGGAAAAGUGGAAAUGUAAUUUCUGGCAAGCUAGAGCUACUUUAAUUUUUAUUCUAUGAAACUGAUAUCCCUUGAUGUGGGAAACAGGCAGGAAAGGCUGUGGGGUGGGGGUGGGGGGCUGGUGUGGCACUGUGCAAAAGAAUGACAAAUUUCAACUCACGAUCUUUGUAAGAAAAUUGUUCCAGUUUGAAUCUUGAUAUUAAAGUUUAUGUUUACAAAAUUGCCAGUUAGAUGAACCAAGUGUGUUAAACAAUUAAAUAGAAAAAAGACAUUUGCAGACGUUUCUUCUAUGUUAUUGAAUGUGUUGUUUCUGGUGUACAUGUCAGAAGUUUCAGUUUUUUAGUAGAUCAGAAAUAAACGACAAAUAGUGUGAGAUGUGUUGUGAACAGGCAUGGUGACCGUGGUCAGCGCCACUCUUGUUUCCUGAAAUGUGCUUCUAAGACAGAAAAUAUAUUUUCUCAUCAAGGGUGUCUGGAGACACAGACCGUGACCUUGGCACAGCGGUGUGCAUCACAGAGGCAUGUGCUGAGAAGGGCGUUGUUAAGCUGUGGAAGAUGACUCAAGAGCAAUAAAUCAGUGCCAAAGCUUCCCUGCACAUCUGAAUAGAGACAAGUGAAGCCCACGUGCGCACAGUGCAGAGGCCGAGCCAGUAUUUCCCGGUAGAUGUGGACUUUAUUGACUGUGAAUUCAUUUACAUGUAACUUCUGACAUUUCACUCUGUGCAAAUAAAGAACACGAGGAUA